AUGGACGAGGACAGCUUUACGCCCGAGGACAGGGCUAUCAUGGAUCACACAGACAUUGAUGUGUUCAUGUCUGACUACAGAUCACCGCCAGUCGGGCGAAGUCUGGAAGAUCUACCCAGUGAGCUCAUUGGCAUGAUCGCUGAGAAUCUCGACAAAGAAUCUCUGAGCAUACUACAAACGCUCGGCAGUCGGACUUUAUUACAGGCCAUCGAUCAUGCUCUUACCGAAGCGAAGUUUUCCAGUCGAAGAUGUCGAACCACCGUAACGAGUAUCAAACGUCUCGACGACCUGUCCCAUUUACGAUUUGCCAACCGCAUUCGCGCACUCGAGAUAUACUCCAUGUUGGAAUGUCGGUCACCGAUGAGCGUGCGAUACAGUUUAAGCCUGGACACAACGACAACGCCUUGCAUUGGAACCACGCUCAGCGAAUCUGACGUACGAAACUUGUUCAGCGGUAUCUUUCUGCGUCUACCGAAUCUGAAGAGUAUCACGCUUUGCGCACCUCCUGCGCCAAAAGGGAUGGCUGACAAAUCGUGCUACGCCCAUGCGCUUCCCAUAUACAGGGUCAUGCAGGCUCUGGUGGACGCCAUACGAUUUGCGCCACAGCAGCUUGAAGAGUUCAGGGUUGUAGGGUUCGAGUUGAGGUGGCAGACAGCGCUACUGGGUAGUCCAAAGUCGCUCUUCGAGGCGAUUGCACCUGCCUUACGUGGCUUAACGUCAUUGAACCUGGAACUCGACAUGGCCACCUUCAGCGCUAAUACAUACAUGUUGGCCCUCGUCAAGCUUAUCAAGAGCAAUGCGAAUCUCCGAGCAUUGGCUUUGUCUGUUGGCGCCCAGGCUAUCAAAGAUUAUCAGGUCCGCAACGAGAGGUGGGCUCCUCUGCUCCAGCUAUUGGGCGGCAGUCCUCCAUUCCGCCUACGUUCGCUCCAUAUCAACGGACUCGUUACGAGCACUACUGCACCUACACUCGCGAGUAUCAUCAACGUACACUCCUCUACGAUCCGUCGCAUUGUCCUCAAUAACACGAACUUCCAUUACCCGAAUACCCUUCGCGCUUUCUUCACGGCUUGCGCCAAUUCGGCCAUAAGCUACUACGAGACCGAGAACUUCUACUUUCAUGAGAGGACUAUGAUAGUAGGCAGGUAUCUUGCUGAUGAUAUUGUCGAGAACGACGACGCAGAACUGCAUGAAGAUGUCAACAACAACCACUGUGACUCUGAUGCAGCCUGCCACGGUUGGGUAAAAGUGAAUUGGGACGGUUUUAGGAAGAAGGAUGAAUGGAGGUUGGUCUUCGAAAAUGAGCAAGGGCAGAAGCGGCGUAGCUACAUGUACGAUACCUUCAUGAACGUUGUGGAUAUGGUCAAGGAGGGUAGUCUGAGAGACUCCUGA